GGCGUCUUGAAACAAGCAAUGCUGUCAUGUGUUUUUGUCGGCGAUCGUAAAAAGAGGAAAAGGAUCUUGAUCUCGUGUUUGUUUGUUGUUUUCUUGCCAAUUUUGCGGAUUUACAUAAAGACAGAAGGAUGGCUGCGAUUUGGCGGAACUCGGUUCGGCUGCAGAGCGCGGCCAAAAACAGUCUCGUCGUGUCCAAAAUGCAGACGAGGAACCUCAACCUGAUGGAGUUCCAGAGCAAAAACCUGCUCGACAAGCACAGUGUGUGCGUGCAGAAGUUUAAAAUGGUCAGCAACAAGGACGAGGCAAAAACUGUGGCUGAUGACUUUCAUGUCAAGGAAUACGUGAUCAAGGCUCAAAUUUUGGCUGGCGGUCGCGGCUUAGGCCACUUUGACAAUGGCUUCAAAGGCGGAGUCCACAUAACAAAAAAUCCUAAGGAAAUUUAUCCCCUAGUUGAAAAAAUGGUUGGCCACCGAUUGAUUACAAAACAAACACCCAAGGAGGGAAUCGAAGUGAAAAAGGUCAUGAUUGCCGAGAGUGUCAACAUCAAGAGAGAGACUUACGUCUGCAUUCUCAUGGACAGACAGCACAAUGGUCCAGUCAUAAUUGCGUCUCCAGCCGGCGGAACUGAUAUAGAGGAAGUGGCCAAGAAAACCCCUCAUCUCAUUCAAACCACACCAAUCGAUAUUUUUGAUGGCGUCACUGACAAUAUUGCUCAAAGUGUUGCCGAGUUUCUCCAGUUCAAGGGAGAAUUGAAAAACAAGGCUGCAGAUGAAAUAAAGAAGCUGUGGGGCUUGUUCCUCAAGGUAGACGCCCUGCAGUUGGAAAUUAAUCCUCUUGUCGAGACUGACGAUAACGAAGUUGUAUCCGUGGACGCCAAAAUUGGCUUCGACGACAAUGCUAAAUUCAGGCAGCAAGACAUUUUUGCCAUGGAAGAUGCCACAGAAAUGGACCCUCAGGAGUACGAGGCCUCCAGGCAUAACCUGAACUACAUCCGAAUGGACGGAAAUAUUGGGUGCUUGGUCAACGGUGCUGGUCUGGCCAUGGCCACGAUGGACAUUAUCAAACUGCACGGAGGCGAACCUGCAAAUUUUUUGGAUGUUGGUGGAUCUGUCAAGGAGGAUCAAGUUUUCCACGCCUUCAACAUUAUUACCGGAGAUAAGAAUGUAAAAGCAAUUUUAGUGAAUGUGUUUGGUGGAAUCGUAAAUUGUGCUACAAUUGCCAAGGGAAUUGUCAACGCUUGCCUGAAUAUGAAGCUCACCAUUCCGUUGGUUGUGCGCCUCGAAGGAACCAAUGUAACGGAAGCAAAGAAAAUUCUUGCCGAGUCAGGGUUGCCCAUCAGGUCAGCGGCCAACCUGGAAGAAGCAGCACAAAAGGCGGUCAACGCCCUUAAACAGUAAACAAAACGCCUUUUACAAAAGUACCUCAGCUAUGUCGUUUUACCGCAGCAUUUAAUGGAGCCUUUUGUAACUUUUUGUUCGGUAUUUUUAUACACGGGUGUGCAUUACAUGUUGAAUUGGUUGCUGUAAAGGUGAAAAAUUUUUUUUUUUUGAAUCAGUUGAGAGGCCGAGUCCUCGUAUCUAAUGCCAAGACUGAAGAUUAGAAUUUUUGUUAAAAAUUUUAUUGUACUAGAACAUACUACAUACAUCAAAUCUGAUAACUCUUCAAUAAAUAAUGCCAUAUGAAUCAUUUUCAGAUGCAGCUAAAAA